AUGAGACAGGUGAAACAGGUAACACAGAUGAUACAGGUGACACAUGAUACAGGUGACACAGGUGACACAGUUGAUACAGAUGACACAAAUGAUACAGAUGAUACAGGUGACACAGACGAUAAAGGUGACACAGGUGACACAGAUGAUACAGAUAACACAGGUGACACAGGCGAUAGGGGUGAAACAGGUGACACAGGUGACUCAGGUGACACAGAUGAUACAGAUGAUGCAGUUCACACAGAUGAUACAUUUGAAACAGAGGACACAGAUGAUGCAGAUCACACAGAAGAUACAGGUGACACAGCUGAUAUAUUUGAUGCAGAUGACACAGAUGAUACAGGUGACACAGAUGAUACAGUUAACACAGAUCACACAGAUGAUACAGGCGACACAGUUGAUACAGGUGACACAGAUGAUACAGGUGACACAGUUGAUACAGUUAACACAGAUCACACAGAUGACACAGGUGACACAGAUGAUACAGGCGACACAGAUGAUACAGGUGACACAGUUGAUACAGUUAACACAGAUCACACAGAUGACACAGGUGACACAGAUGAUACAGGUGACACAGUUGAUACAGUUAACACAGAUCACACAGAUGAUACAGGCGACACAGAUGAUACAGGUGACACAGAUGAUACAGGUGACACCUAUCACACAGAUGGUACAGGUGACACCUAUCACACAGAUGGUACAGGUGACUCAGAUGAUACAGUUAACACAGAUCACACAGAUGACACAGGUGACACAGAUGAUACAGGUGACACAGAUAAUACAGUUAACGCAGAUCACACAGAUGAUACAGGUGACACAGAUGAUACAUUUAAAACAGCUCUCACAGAUGAUACAGGUAACACAGAUGAUACAGGUGACGACACAGAUGAUACAGUUAACACAGAUCACACAAAUGAUACAGGUGACACAGAUGAUACAUUUUACACAGAUCAUACAGAUGAUACAGGUGACACAGAUGAUACAUUUUACACAGAUCACACAGCAGAUACAGGUGACACAGAUGAUACAGGUUACACAGAUGAUACAGGUGACACAGAUGAUACAGUUAACACAGAUCACACAGAUGACACAGGUGACACAGAUGAUACAAUUAACGCAGAUCACACAGAUGACACAGGUGACACAGAUGAUACAGUUAACACAGAUCACACAGAUGAUACAGGUGACACAGAUGAUACAGGUGACACAGAUGAUACAGGUGACACAGACGAUAGAGGUGACGCAGAUAAUACAGAUGGUACAGGUAACUCAAAUGAUACAAGUGACAGAGAUAAUACAGGUGACACAGAUGAUACAGGUGACACAGACAAUGCAGGUGACACAGAUGAUGCAGGUAACAUAAUAGACACAGAUGAUACAGGUGGUAUAGGUGACACAUUUGAGACAGUAGACACAGAUGACACGGAUAGAACAGGUGACUCAGACGAUACAAGCGCUACAGAUGAUACAGGUGACACACAUGGCACAGAUGAUACGGGUGACACAGAUAACGCAGAUGAUACAGAUGACACAGAUGACACAGAUGGCACAGAUGACACAUGA